AUGUCAAUAAAGUCAAAAGGUUUUGAAAACGACAUAGAAAAUAAAUUACCUAUCCUUGAAGAAAUUCCUGAAAAAUCAAUCAAUACCAAUGAUGAAAAACCCACUCAUAUUCUUAUUGAAGGAGAUAACUAUCAUGCUUUAACCUGCCUAAAUUAUACCCACAAAAACAAAAUCAACGUUAUUUACAUUGAUCCGCCUUAUAAUACUGGUUCAGAUGAUUUUAGGUACAAAGAUAAACGCAUUCUAAAUAAAUAUCCAGAUGGAAGUGAAGUUCCUAAAGAAUUAAUGAAAGAUAGCGGAGUUAUUUUUAUAAGUAUCGAUAUCAAUGAACUGGCUCAACUAAAGUUACUUUGUGAUGAUAUUUUUGGAGAAAGUAAUUUUGUCAGUUUGAUUUCAAUUAAAGUUAAAGAUACUGCUGGUCUAGGACAAUCAAAUUUUAUUUUUGAUGUAGCGGAAGCGGCGCAUCAAGAAUUGCCCGUGAAUUAUGAAAUCUUAACUGAACAAUAUGGAAGUUACAAUAAAAUGGUUAUUGAUUUUGGCCAGUCAAAAUUUAUUAAAGAAAUAUCAAGAGAAAAGUUUGGGUCGAUUAAGAUUUAUCAAUGCGAAAAUUACAAAGUAGAAAACACAAACAAAUUUACUUUCAAAGAAUACAAGAAGAAUCGAGAUAAAAUCUUUGCUGAUUAUAAUCCUAUAUUUGUGGUGUCGUGGGACACAAUUAAAGAUGAAAUACCUUCUGUUGGCUUGUCUUAUAUCGAAUAUGUUCCAGCCAGGGGGAGGAACACCGGCAACAUACCAAAUGCUUCUCUCCAUGUGGAAGGAGGGGUUUAUUUUACUAAUGGCAAGAAGCCAUUAACACUGCUUCAAAAGUUACUUGGUAUGUUCAAGAUUAAAAACGCUAUAGUUUUAGAUUUCUUUGCCGGUUCCGGCACUACUGGUGAGGCAGUUAUGAUCCAAAACGAAGAAGACAAACUUAACCGUCAAUUUAUUUUAGUUACUAAUAAUGACGAGGUGACUAAUGGAAAAGUUCAGCAAAUAAUGACCGAUGUUUGUUAUCCAAGAAUAAAAAAUGUUAUAAAAGGAUAUGGAAACAGAAAUCCUCUUGGUAAUUCAGUAAAAUAUUAUAAAACAUCUUUCGUGGGAGAAAAUAAUAUUCUCAACGCUAAUGACAAAGAUAAGGCACAACUCGCUCAUAAUGCAGGAGAACUUCUCGCCAUUGCCGAGAACACAUUAGAACAGAUCGAAAAAAAUGAUUACUGA